GCGAUGUUCCGUUGGUUGGUCGAAUGUGAGAAUGGCCGUUCCUAUCAUUUUAAAUUCGAGUUGAGGAACAUUUUGUCCCAAAUCUAUUUGAACAACAGAUAACAUUAUUUGAAUAAAAUAUGUCCAUUAAUGUUACUGUCAAUGGGAAUCGUUUAAACAUACGUAGAGGAAGAAUGGUAUUAUCCGACUUGGAUCAAAUUAAGAAAAACGAGCGUGAUCGUCGACGCAGGUUACGACUGGAGCAGGUAUACGUAUCAUAAAUUACACGAUAGUUGAAAGACAAAUUAAAAAUACACAAGUACAAUAAGAACGAAACAACUUUUUUUUUCACUGAUUGACGUAUACACACAUUGUACACAGAGUGUUCUCGUUUGAUAACCAAACAUUUGCGAAUACAAUCAAGCAAAUAUAUAUGCACACAACUAAUUCAAAAUUCUAUUAAAAAAUUAUAAUUAAGGGGAAAAAAACCCGAAAGGAACAAUACUUCGAUCUUGAUCUCCCUAGUGUAUUCCGUCUACUGUAUUUUUAUUGUCUCAACGGUCUGUUAAAUGACUUUAUGUUUCCGCAGUGUUUUCUACUUGAUUGUACAAAAUUUGGGUAUCAAGCAACUUGGGCACUAUACAUUUUGUAACGCUUUGUAACUCGAAGUAAUUUCAUAAAUUUCUAAUCGAUACAAGUAAUAAAUAUUAAAUAUACAACGUUAUAUCAAGCAACAUUGUAGUAACUAUUUUAUCGUAUUGAAAGGAGAUAAAGUAUUAAUGUGAUUGACGACAAGAUUAAUGAUAGAAAGGCUGGGAGAAUCACUCAAGGAAUUUGCACAGGUGCGACAACAAUCGAAAGAAAUAUCAGACAGACUUUUAAAACGUACGAAAUGCAUAGCCAAAGAGGAACUUGAAAAGCUUGAGAACAACGACAAGUUGAGCCUGAGGCAGAUAUACAAUGGAAAAAUCAUGCAAGUUCAACAAAAGUAUCAAGAGGACAUGGCAGAUAUUGGCCAAGCACAUAUAUCUGCUGCGUUAGAACCUGACCAUGAUGCACUAAUAGACGAGCAACAUAGGAAAAAUCAAUCAGCGGCACUGAAAAGGGGAAAAGAGGCAACGAAGCAAAUUAAAAAUAUACAACAGAAGGAAGCUGCACAACAUCAAGAAAGACUGCAUCUAGUGAGAGAAAUGGAGGAUCUUAGAUCUACAAUGAUAGCAAAUCUUUCCAAGAAAACAGUACCCGAAGAGAACACCAUAUGUAUUUCUAUUCAAAAUGAAACCGAUGAAAGUAACAAACAGCAGAAAACUAAAAAGAAGACAAAGAAACACGCUUCUAAAAAAUCACCUGGAAAAAUUGCAGAAAAUGAUUUUAAAGUACGUUCUCCAGUUAAAUCUUCAGUCAAGUCUCCAGUUAAAUUUCCAGGAAAGGCAAAAACGAUGGAAGAAAUUCCAGAAAGUGAUUCGAUUCUAGAACAACAAUCCACUCCAAAUUCAGUUAUAGAACUACUGCCUAAACAAACUGUGCGUACAACCGAAUCUGAUUUCAAUGAUAAAAACUCUAAGAAAGAGACGACAAGUAUUCCAGCAAAAGAUAAAACGACGAGGUAUAAUCCAAACGAUUACGUACAAACGACCUCGGACUUUAUCAACAGCGAUAGCCCUAGUUCAUUUAGCGACGACUCGUCGUAUUUUUCCGAUAGUAGUGAACAAUAUGUAACUAAAGAAACAAAGACACCGAAAUAUGUUAAAUGCCCAGCUACCGAUAAAGUACAAUUAUACGAUCAUAAAAAACAUCAUAGCAACGUGUACGAUCAACCAGCUGGCGUAGUCGAAAAAAUCCAUACGUGGAACGAGCCAAGUGCAAUGGAUUUGGCCAAAGAAAUUGAACGAGCACAAACUGCCGAGACACGUGUACUGGAAGAUCGUCAAAAGAAUGCGAAGAAACGCGGAGAGAAUGCUGUAUUGAGAGAAAAAGUGCGUCGGGAUUAUCGGACGCUUGUGCAGAAUCUGGAUCAACUUACGAGCGACGAACGUAAACUGAAAGCCAGUCAAGUGGAACAUUACCCAAGAGACACAUACAUGCAAGAAGAACGGAGAAAAAUUUUGAGGGAGCAACACAAGACGAAGUUAAAUCGUGCGUUAAAAACGCUGUUGGACGAUGAAUCUUUAAACGUGCGCGAGGAACAAUGCGUAUCGUACUCCGUAGAAAGACCAAUUACUCUUGCAUCGAGAAAACGCAACAAAGAUACAGACGACCGUGUCGAUUGGGAAGGACCUUGCCGUUGCUUCAGUCAACCUACGGAAACCAGCAAAAUUUCGCAAAAUAAAUGCGAGGAGAAUGUAGCUUCGCGCGAGGAACAAAUAUUAGACAUGUUGAAAAAGGUCGAAAGACAGAAACGGUUGUUGUUACAAGAAUUCGGGGCGGAUUUACCAAACGACAUCUUCGACGCGUCUGUCAAAUCCUUGUUCGAAAGAGACAAAUCCGUUCAGACUCGACUACCUGCCCAAGACGUGUCCGUUCAAGAGCCUUUGUCGCCAGAGAUUAAAGUAAUAAACGCAUCUUUCGACGAUAAGUGUAAAAAGGACAAGGCAAAGGAAAGAAACGACACGACUGUGAAAAAAGUAGAAAUUGCUGUGCAAACUGCAACGGAAGACAAAGUUCAAGAUAAAGGUACGCAAGUGGAAUUGGCAUCGCAGAAGGAAUCUGUUACUGACGACGUUGAAACGAUCACCAAACAUUAUCCAAUCGAGCCAAAAAUUACGAUCGUUAGACGAGAAGCAGACAGCAGCGAGUCGAGAAGUUCCGAAACAACGAACGAAGUUACCGACGACGAAGAAAGCCCGGAAGUAACGCUCAACAAGAAGAAACACGUCGCGAAAACAAAACUGUGCCACAAAUCAUGUUCGACACGCCCGUGCAAACCUUGGUCUCCCACGAAGAAACAUUCGAAAUUUUUGUCGAAAUCGCAACAACACAGCCCGAAAAAGGACGCGUGUACGGAAGACGUGCCGCCUAGCAAGGAGGUUGAAACUUGCACGGAUAGAAAGCCACCGCAGGUUGCUGAAAUCGCUAUAGACGUUAGCACGCAGAGUACUCAGGUUUAUUCAACGGGUACUCGAGAACAACCAGCUACGAGCAAGCAACAAUGGACUCAAUCCAAGUCGAGAAGAAUCAAGAUAAAAGACAUUUCGGAUACGUCAACUUCGUUCGCUAGUCCACCGCCAGUAAAACCCAGAGACAUACUCGAAGCUCUGAGUAACAACCUCUCUAUUCUCGAGCUGUUAGAUUCUUCAGCGAGUGAAAGUAUAAGGCUCCUGAGGAGGAGAGACGUUAGUCCAGUGUCAACACCGGAAACCCCAUCGCCGCGCACCAUGAGGAUGCCUUCAAAUAUACCUGACCUAGAGAGAAUUAAAAGAUUGCUCAGAUAUCCGUCCAUAGAUGUUCAGACGGACAAUGAUAAUACGUUAUCGUCCACUAGGAAUGAUUAUUCGACAUCGAUGGAUACGUCUCAAUGUCAGCAAAAUGAUCACCCAUCGUCGAGAACGAGCAACGAUCUACAGGUUUUACCUUCGCAGGUUUUACCUUCCUUGGGAUUUUGUACAUGUAACAACCCAGAAUGCGAACAGAUGCAUGCUAAAUUCGAUGAAAUUCGUAGUUACGCGUUGAAAAAUUGCCCUCAAAUGUUACAAAAGUACGAGGAUCUCCAAGCUAUCUGCGCAGAAAGGAUAAUCUCCUUGACCAGUCUUAUUGAAAAAGUUCGAAACGAACAGAAAGGUAUGGAACUGUCCAUGAUCGAUUCGCACGACGAAACCAGUUUGAUGCAAUUACCGGAGCCGCGACUGAAAACCACCGAUCUGGAAAAUGUCCACAGACUCGUAGAAAACAUAGAAGCAAUUCACAAUCAGCUUGCAAAGACGCUGAUCGAAUCUCAGAGGAUCGUUAAGAGCAAGGCAAUUCCCAGAGAGGAAUUCCCCGACGAAAUCAAAGAGACAGAAAUAGCAACUCCAACGAUCGACGACAACGCGAUUUGUUCCGCCGAACAAAGGACAGAGCAAGUGGAAAGAGAGAAAGCCAAGCCUGAAGUUACAAACGAGGAAAAGGUGAACAUUCAGUUGAGUAGAUUCCGAGUGAAACCGUCGCAAGUGUUAACGUCAACGCCGAAACACGACACCGACCUGACGAGACAUUACGAGGAAGAACUGAUAGAAAAGAUAUCGAAAGAAAUAUUGGAACAGAGCAAAGGUCUUAACGAUAAUUUCAUUACGUCGAAGGAAAUCUCAACUAUCAAGCAUUCGAUACAAACUUCAACGGACAACAAUGAUUUUAAAAAUAUUUCCAAAAUAGAGAGGACUGGUACAGCUACGACGAGACAGCCGCGUAACAAAGAGGCGAAGAGAACUAAAGAUUUCGUUGCAUCGUUGACCGACGCUCCGAAAGUAUCGAAAGCCGUAGAUAACUCGCAUUCCAACGGGAGGAGUAAGCCACCAGUGAGUUUGCUCAGUGGGCCGUAUAGGCCGGAAAUUGAAUCAUCGGGUCACGAAUUGUCGACGAUAAUCGAAUUCGACACGCCGGACACUGCGAAUAAAAGCCAAAGUAACGCGAGAAGCCCGCUGUCAGCAAGAAAAGUUGCCGAGACUCGACAAGCAACGAGAUCUACCGCUAUAGCGAAGCCAUUGGAACACAUUUCUCCUUCGCUCAAUCUACGUAAACAACAGUCGGAAAGGUCGCGCAACUUGUCGCCGUCGAAAGAGUUAGUAAAAAAAGAGACCUCGGUAUUUCUCGACUCGGCUGAAACGUCCAAAAAUAUAGGAGGUCGGAAUUGGACGGAAAGUAAAGAGGAGGAGGACAAGAAGGAGGAGGCUGUUCGAGAGACGACUGACGAGAAAUUACAGCGCGACACGGACGAUCGAGGAUCACCGCAGACGGAGGGACCGCAGCUUCUUCGUCCUGACGCCGACGCGGGCAACGAGUGCAAAGACAACGGGGACAAAAUCACGUCCACGAGCUCGAACAGCUUUUCCGAGUUGUCGGGUGUCUCGCAGAUAGCAAGUACCCCGUCUUCCACCGUGUUGAAGUACGCGUCAUCCCCGGAGGAGAUGGAGAGUGCUCUAAAGAAACUUGGUCUAGGUUGGGCAAUCACCACGCUGAAGAAGACGCGCGAGGCGAGCGCUCUGAGUUCGUCGUCCAACUCGGACGUGACGCCGAUGAACACCGGCAAGAGGAUAUCGCCCGUUAAGAAGCAACUCGAUGGCAACUACGGGCUGCCAGACUUGAGCGACGUGUCCUCGAUAUCCAUCAAAGAGGCUAGCAAAAGCACGGAGCAAGCGGUUCUCCUAAAGGGUAGAACAUCCACGCCGAAGCUGCAGAAUUCGAAUUCAAACAGCGAGAGGACGAACACGAGCAACACGAACGUAUCUGAGAAUUUCCGAGAGCCCGACGACGGUUUGAUCGUUCCUAACAUAUCUCUCACAAAGACGAAAUCUAGCAUUCAAAGAUUAGAAAAUCCACGAUGACGUGUCUUGUAAUUUACUGCAAUUUAUUUUGUUAGAAAUAUCUGAUACAAAUACACGAGAAAUCGACGGAAAUUGCAUUCGCGUGCAAUUGAUAUUUUUAUAUCCUAUUUUUAGUAUUCUCGCGGCCUUAUUUUUACGUAAGUGCAACGCAAAAUUAACGGCAAAUAGGAUUAACGUUAAGAUUGAAACAUUACCGACUCGAGUGGUGAGAACAAGGCGUGAAUGUUACGUUUUUAUUGUUCAUAACGACCAAGGAACAAAAUAC